AUGUUCCAAUCAUUACUUUAUUAGUUGAAAUUGAAGUUUAGAAUGAUAAAUCCAUGUAAAGAAAUUAAUUCAAAUUUUAGUUGACAUUAAAAAAGAAUUUAAAUUUUUGUCCAACACCCAAUAAUAAUGUACAUUGCAUUCUAAAGAAUAAUUAAAUCAAUCCACUUAUUUAAUGAGAUUUGGUAAUAUUUUUUGUAAUUUCACAUUUAGCUAUUCCACAAUAAGAUAAAUGUUUAGGUACUAGAAUUGGAUAAUAUAUUUCAUUGAAUGAUCCUAAAUUUGAUAUCAAUACUACUAGAUAUUAUUGUCCCAUAUCAAGAAUUGAUGAUGUAGGAAUGUUUGAUCUAUUGGUUCAUGCCAUUUAUGCAGAAAAUAAAAAUUUUUCUACUCACAUUACAACCUUAAAUGUAAUACAUAUAAUAAUCAUAGGAAGGUCACAUUCUCAAUAUUAAUGGGCCUUAUACUAAUUACAUUUAUCAUGGAUAUGGUGCCAUUGAAAUCCCUAAAUAUAAUAUCAAUUCAAAUUAUUAAUAUAUUGGUAUAGUUGCAGAGUCUUCAGCGAUUGCAGCUUUUUUCCAAGUUAUUACAAAUAUUUAUUUUAUGAUAGUUGAUAGAAGGCAUAGCUACCAAUGGCGACAAUACUCAUAUAGGUUUACUUUAUGUUGCUGACACUUUUGAGGAAUUAGUUUUGAUGGAAGAACUUAUUUGGUAUAUGGAAGUGAAAAAGAUAAAUGCUACAUUUAUGCUAAGAAAUGAAAAAGAGUUAAUUAAUAAGCUGUUUAGUGGUCCUAAGGGUUAAUUACAACCUAUUGUUUUACAAUAAUAUUUGCCAUAACCUAAUGAUCAAACAAUAAUUCUUGUAUGUGGUAGCAGGUAAAUAAUAUAAUGUAUUUUUAGGGCUUUUAAAAAGGAAACAAAAUAAUUAUUAGAAUAAAUCAAUCACCAAAAUAUAGCUAUUAUUUGA